AUGGCUUACUCUGAAUUUCUCCGGGGAUUAAGGCAUAAUGGUUUUAAAUUUGACCUGGUAAGGAAAAAGAUUCGGACAUACGCAGGUGUUUUGCGAGAAGCCGAAGCUUAUAUUGAAGCGGCGGACUUUUGUUCGCUCACAAAAUCAGAAGUGCCGGCCAUGGGGGCUGAGAAGAAACAAUCUUCUCACCAAGACUCGGCCGACCAAAAGAAAGAAGGAAAAAAGAUAAAAGAAUUCUGGGUGGCCGAUGGCCAACCGCAGAAGUCCAAGAAGGUCAAGACAUAUGAGCCCCAGUUUGAGUUCAACAAGGACUGUUACUCCAUCUUGAUGGAAAUCAAGGAUAAGUUUGAGUUUGAAAAGCCACAGCCAGUGAGAGGACCGACUCAGUACAGGAACAAGAACAAGUACUGUCAUUACCACAAGGACGUGGGACAUGACACGAACGAUUGCAUCAAUUUAAAGAGAUUGUUGGACAAGCUAGACGAGAAGGGCAUGCUGAACUCUUAUGUGAUGAAGUCCAAAUUCACAUACACACGGACAAACAACACGUCCGAGAAGAGGCAGAAAAAUGAUAAGAACAAAGACAAGGAAGAUGAUGGGAAUAGCACUGAUUCAGGCUUUGUGGUCGUGAUAUCAGGAGGUUUCACCUCAGGCGUCCCAACUAUGAAAGGGAUCAAGCAGGAUGCCUGGAACUUGGGAAAGGUGAUGCAAGAGGAUGCAGUAAAGGCCGAACCCUUUCCGAAAGUAAUCAUCAGCGAGGAUGACCGGGGGGAGGUCAAAGCCUUGCACAAUGAUCCUAUGGUAUUCAUUAUGAAAAUAGGCAAUUUGAAGGUCGGGCGAAUAUUGAUUGAUACGGGUAGCUCGGCUGACAUCAUCAGCCUGGCCGCCUAG